AUGCCUUGUGGGAAGUGCACGAUCACGCUACAGGAUGUUGCAGUGCAGUUGGGGCUGCCAAUGGAUGGGGAGCCUCUGACAGGAUCAUUAAGAUAUAAUUGGAAGGUUAUCUACGAGGAUUUCUUGGAAAUUGUACCGCCUGAUAUGAAAGGUCAGCGGUUGAGUCUUCCAUGGUUGGAAAAACAGUUUGAAGAAUUGUUGCCAGAUGCUGACGUUGUGAGCAUUCAGAGAUACGCUCGUGCGUACAUUAUGCAGUUAAUUGGAGGCUUUCUUUUUACCGAUAAGUCAAACACCCUGGUCUAUUGUAUGUUUCUCCAAUUCAUAUUCGAUUUCUACCAGGCUGAUACGUAUACAUGGGGUGUUGUGACCCUCACAUGGUUGUAUAGGGAACUUUGUCGAGUGAGCCAUGCACAGUCCUUAGAGAUUGUUGGCCCAUUAAUGCUGCUAUAA